AUGACUACUAAUGUCGUUGUAAUUCCGAUGGCCAUCGAGGCCUUCUCGGUCAGUUCUUUCAAUAAGUCCAACAUCUCCCUGGCUCCCUUAGCUCAGCCAGAUCUUGCCCGCCUCGACGGAGCUCAGUCACCCAUUGCCUACGACCUGAUCGACCACCUCGAUACUUCUAAUCAGGCCAAGUUUGACUGCCGAGUAAACACACGUUUCGUAGACGUGACCACGCCAGCUAGUGAGAGUUCUACGCUUGGAGGACAACCUAUAAGUUCGCGUGAGGGAGUCUAUGUCUCUUGGUGCAUGCCGCAGGCUUUCCGAGCUGGCAUCACCCCAUCUGAGAACAACUCCCUUGAUGCGGACGAGAGGAUCCGAAGAGGCUUUAAAGGAGCCGCGCCUAAUCCGACUGGCCCUGGAGACCCAAAUUUCCAAUUUCGACCUGUCCCAAAUCGCUGGGUUGUCAUUCGAACAAAUGGCUCAGAUCCAGCUGCAGCUCUGAUUAUUGAGAGCGAUUGUCUUCGCGAUGUCAGUGACCCUUCGUUUAGGAAACCCUACGACGUGGCGGCUCUUUCGUCUGCAACCAUUGAUCCCACCAAGCCAAUCACUCAGAAUCGCAGCUUUCUCGGUUCAUUUUCACUCCUGAGUUCAUAUAUAAGUGACCAGAAUAGUUACACUUAUAGAUCGCAGCCAUUGACUUUAGUUCAGCCAGGAGAUGAAUUCUUCGUCGAUCAGCAGCCCACCAACAUUGGUGUCUUUUCGGUUCUGGAUGAUCUUCACGAUCUCCGGCAAGGUAGCGAUGUCAACAAAUCCCAGACCCUAUCUUAUAUGGUGAUUGGCUAUCAUUCAGACAUGGAUUUGGACCCUCUUGUUCUCAGCACUACCCUUUCAAGCGGUACCAACCCAACAAAUGAGGACAUCCUAAGCGCCCUUGGAGUGACACUACCGACUUCAGACUUUGACUUUCUAACCGAAGCCAUCAGUUCAGAUACAGGAAGGACCGUGUGUCAUGGCGUUCUUAGAAACGUUGAAUGGGGUGGUGAUGAGUACAACCUAGUCACUCCUUCAUCGGAUCUCCAACAGGCUAUUGCUUCCACCCAACCCGUCGCCAUUGGCUUGGACGCGCUAGAUGCAUUGUCUGGCCUCCUGAAUGCACAAGGAUCCGGUGUUGACUCGACAGUCAUGCAAUUCAUUGACCAAUUAUCUGCGAUCACCGUAUCUGGUUAUAACGGUGGUGGGGACAGUGUCGAUCAGGUGCACAAAGCAAUGGACCUAGCUUCGUCUGGCUGGAACUCUGUUACAUCGGGUGGCUCAGUCUGGAAGCUUCCUAACAAGCCUCAGCAAAAUGGACUGAAAGGCAUGGAUUUAUCUACUAUCGCCAGUCUUCUUCCAUCCUUGCAAGUACUCAACGAGCAGCAGAUGGCGAUUGAUGCUUGCGUGCAGGAGAAGGAACAGACUUUGCGCCAGUUAUACGGUGCUUGGUGGAAUGCUGUGGCCCUUACACUACUUCCCAGUCCUAUGUAUGCUCAGAACCGCACCAUUGUGCAGAGUGCCGCCACAACAGCAGUGGCUCGACUGGCUGUCUUGAAUAACACCAUCGCUACUCAAUCAAAAGCUGUUGCGGCUACCAAAGCCGGAAUUGAGAAAAAGCUCGGCGGUAACAGUCUCAUUCAGACACAGGCAAGGCAAUUUGGACGGCGGCAAGACCCUACUGUACUGUUUGCGGGUACGUCAAAUGGAUGGCCGAAUAGCUUUCACGAAGCAGUGGCAGCGCGAUUAGCCUCUGAUAUUCCGGUUCUGCCUGAAAAUGGUAGCUCUGAUAUAGUGGGCAGCACUCUCACUGACUUGGGAGAUGCUAAGUUUCCCACAUUUCUGUCGGAUACAGCUUCAAGACUGCUCAACGAUUUCCUUCAGCCAGACUCAUCAAAGAAGACCUGGCCAGCCUCAGCUUAUGCAUAUCUCGAAGACGCAGAUAGCAAGCAGGGUUGGUUUCCUCUGUUUCUGGAGUGGGAAUUGGAAUACUAUCAUAUUCCGUUCCAAAAUUGGAGUUUCGUUCCUGAUACAACAACGGGGUGUUGGCAGUGGGAGAUCAACCCGAACAAUAUUUUGGCCAAAGAUCCAACAGCAAGUGCGGACCGACGCCGAAUUAGUGGCCGAGCAGCUAUUCUCCCUCAAGCUGGUCUCACUCUCCAAGCAAGUGUUCGUCAGUUUUUGGACUUGCAACCGCCAGGAUCAGUUAAAGAGGCGGAUCGCAGCUCCAUUCUGCAGUCUGCUGGACAGUUAGAGUAUUUGUCAACUCCUAUAGGCGGAUUUACCGAUCAUUUGCUCACGCUACGGCGAGGACACUAUCCUGCACCAAGCUCCCCAAGCAAGGAGCUCCUCGCCACUUUGGGUAUUUCCGCCGAUGACCUGAGUCAGGUCAAUGUUCUUCAUGGGAUGGCACCUUAUGGAAGCGGAACGAACCUGCACCCUGACUAUACCAGCGCUUUUAGUCCCUUCAAACCUGUUGUUCAUGGCCAGGCCCGUUUCACACGGUUAACACUGGUCGACAAAUUCGGGCAAAUGGUGGUUGCUGUGAAGCCCGAAGGUGGUCCAACGACUUACCCAGCUGUAAAUCCCUGGCCGACUGAGUUGUACCCUUGUCUAUCGCCAAUGCUCACUUGCGAUGUCACCACAGAUGGGUCUGCAAACACAGUAACAUCUGUUGAUACAAAAAAUAAUGGUUGUCCUUAUUUUCAGCUCCCGCCGGGUAUUAAUCAGCCUUCACGGUUAAAUGCCAGCUAUAUGAUACCGGGGGCUCCUACAGCUACAGUCGCCAGCGAGUGGGAUAACCCUGUCUGGGGUUGGCUUGUGCCCAACUACAUCGACGAAUGCAUACAGAUCUUUGAUGGUACCGGCGGGUUUGUUGCAGAAGUCCGUAUUCAAGACUCGACAUUCACCAUACCGGAUGCCAUCAAGACGAACACACCCCAAGGCCGACUGGCAGAUCUCGUCAAAGCUCUCUCCACCGACGCUGAUCUAGCACUGUCUAUCUACACCAUGAUGGCAGACGCAACCGAUUCACUGCUCUCGACUGCAGGGGACUUUGCAAAUCUGCUUCCCGCUGCUUUUGGACGUCCAUUUUGUCUUGCUGAUGUUGGCCUCUCAAUUGAGCUAUCCACUCCGGCCUUGACAGAUACAUCACUGUUGACAGAGUCUACAGCUCAACAGGAGCCUGCAGUUACGGAUUACACAUUUCAAGUUGCACUAGGAAACUCUCUUGCUGCAUUUGACGGCCUAGUGGCAACAUUUCCGUCCACUGGAUCCAUCACAGCUUUCAGUAGCACGGCUGCCGAGUUAGGUGCGGAUUCGGACUCUGAGAGUGCACAGAAUGCUCAGGCAGCCAUAUCCCUCACGCCGUACUUCAUCCCAGGCGAUACAGACAAUAUUAUGGCUGCUCAUUCCACACAAAGAGUGCGAAUCAGCUGUGUUGUUGAUCCGAUCCUCCCGUGGCACGUGUAUUCAGGCGAUCUAUUUCCUGUUCAACCGGUGUCGCUUCCCGGAUGGGCGGUAACAGAAGCACUAGGCAACAUGGAAGCUUUCUUUACCUGCGGCCCCAUCUUGGUACCUGAGGUACCAUGCAAUGAAUCAAGCUCUAUUCAAAUGCCACUUGCGAGUAUGGUCCCUGCCGGCGAGGCCGCGUGGUGGUGGUCAAAUGACAGUCAAAGCACUGCUGGGGAGAAAAUUGCGGUCCAAGGCAUGAGAUCACUAUUAGAUGUGGAUGCUUCGGGGAAGAGUGCAGUCGUAGAUGGGUAUAUCGUAGUGCAACAGAAGCAGAGAUGA